AGCCCUCUACAGGGACGUCAUGCGGGAGAACUAUGAGACGGUGACCUCGCUGGGAUUCCCCCUUCCCAAACCUGACUUGAUUGCCCGGCUGGAACGAGGGGAAGCGCCGUGGGUCCGGGAUCUCCAGGCCUCAGAGGAAAAAGAGAUCCCAAGGGGCACUUGCACAGCAGGUGAUGAGAGAGUGAGUGAGAACGAGGAGGGGAAUCAUCAUGAAGAAGUUUCUGGGGAAGUGGAACCAAAAGGGCCCUUUGUGGGAAGAGCUGAAGGGAAUUUUUCCCAGUGCUGGGAAGAAGCCUGGGGAAAUUGGCACAGGUCAGAGAAGCUCCUGGGAAACCACCCAAGGAAGAAAGUAGAUGAAUCUAUUAAAUGCGGGGGAGGAGACAAGGAUCCCACAGUCCAGCAGACAAAUCCCAAGGAAGAGAAACCCUACCACUGUCUCCAGUGUGGGAAAGGAUUCAUUCUGAGAUCACACCUUGUGAUACAUCAGAUAAUCCAUACUGGAGAGAAACCUCUUCAAUACUUGCACUGUAUGGAAAGCUUCAAUAACCACUCAGAUCUUAAUAACCAUGGGAGAAGCCACACGGGUGAGAAUCCCUAUCAAUGCCUCGAGUGUGGGAAACGUUUCAGUGGGGAGUCAGCACUAAUUAUGCAUCAGAGAAUCCACACAGGUGGGAGACCACAUAAGUGCUUGGACUGUGGGAAAGGUUUCACACGGCGAUCAGGCCUGGUUACACAUCAGGCAAUCCACACCGGAGAGAGACCCCAUAAGUGCUUGGACUGUGGGAAAAGUUUCACAUGGAGAUCAGGCCUUGUUACACAUCAGGCAAUCCACACAGGAGAGAGACCCCAUAAGUGCUCAGACUGUGGGAAAAGUUUCAUGCAGAGAUCACACCUUAUUAGACAUCAGACAGUCCACACAGGAGAGAGAGCUUAUAAAUGCUUGGUGUGUGGGAAAAGCUUCAGUAACAGCACAAACCUUACUAACCAUCGGAGAAUCCACAGAGGAGAGAGACCCCAUAAAUGCCUCUACUGUGGGAAUGGUUUCCGUUGGAAGUCAGCCCUCAUAAUACAUCAGAGAAUCCACACAGGAGAGAGACCCCAUAAGUGCUUGGAGUGUGGGAAAAGUUUCACACAGAGAUCAGCACUUGUUACACAUCAGACAGUCCACACAGGAGAGGGACGCUAUAAAUGCUUGGAGUGUGGGAAAAGUUUCAGUUGGAAGUCAGACCUUAUAACACAUCAGAGAAUCCAUACAGGGGAGAGACCCCAUAAGUGCUUGGACUGUGGGAAAAAUUUCAUACAGAGAUCAACCCUUACAAGGCAUCAGAGAAUACACACAGGAGAGAGACCCUAUAAAUGCCUCGAGUGUGGGAACUCCUUCAGUUGGAAGUCCGAUCUUAUCACACAUCAGCGAAUCCACACAGGAGAGAGACCUCAUAAGUGCUUGGACUGUGGGAAAAGCUUUAGAUGCAGCUCACAACUCACUCAACAUCAGAGAACCCACACGGGAGAAAGACCCUAUAAAUGCCUCGAGUGUGGGAAAAGUUUCAUUGGGAGUUCUCAUCUUGUUGCACAUCACAGAAUUCACACUGGAGACAAACCUCAGAAAUGCCUCAACUGUGGGAAAUGUUUCAGGUGGAAGUCUGCCCUUAUAACACAUCAGAGGAUCCACACAGGAGAAAGACCCCAUAAGUGCUUGGACUGUGGGAAAAGUUUCACAAACAGAUCAGCCCUUGUUUUACAUCAAAAAAUCCACACGGGAGAGAGGCCCCAUAAGUGCUUGGAGUGUGAGAAAAGUUUCACACAAAGAUCAUGUCUGAUAACACAUCAGAUAACCCACACUGGAGAAAGACCCCAUAAGUGCUUGGACUGUGGGAAAAGUUUCACACAGAGAUCAAACCUCAUUAAACAUGGGAUAAUCCACACAGGAUCUAAACUUCAUAAAUGCCUUGCCUGUGGAGAAAGCUUCAUUCAGCGAUCACACCUCAUUAAACAUCAGAGAAUCCACAAAGGUGUGAGAUUCAAUCUGAGCUCACACAUCAGUGAUCCACAGAACAGAGAGAUCUUGAAUGCGGUGGAAGCUUCGUUUGGUGCUCCUGGAGUAUCAGGCAUCUGCAAAUCUGCAUAAGGAAGAAACCUCUGAGAUGUUCUCAGUGUGGAAAAUGCUGCAAGUGGAGCUAACACCAUGUUGGACAUCAGAGACUCCUCCAAAGAGCACAGAAGUUCUCUCAGGGCCCUGACUAGGGCUGGCCAUGGUGACCAACCCGUUUCCUCAUUCCCACACACAUCAGUUGCAUUUGCCUCCCAAGGAUCUAUCUGCCCAUUGCUGGGGUGAAGAUACAGCAGCAGCUGAUCAUCAGCUGGUCAGUGACCCGCUGGCUCUGCCUGGUCUAAGCAAACCCCAGGCAGAGGAGGAGAAGCACCGAUCAGCCCCUCCCCCCUGCUGCAGCCCUGGCUGCUGAGCUGAUGGGCCGCAGGUGAGGGAAGGGAGAAAGACGACAAAUUCCUCCAGACACUCCCUCUGCCUGGCUGAAGUUCCCCCCUCUCCCUUCCCCUCCCAGCCGGGAUCCCCCCUGCCAUAGAGAUGAGGAGAAGGACACUUGGUCCAUGCCCCACCUUCACUCUAGACACCUGUCCCCACCCCCCAUCUUCCACCAGCCCCUGGGCUGGGCUCCCCCACUUACCUGGGGCUGUUCUCUGCAGAGGGUGUGUCCCUGGGGGCUUGGUAACCCCUCCCCUCCCUAAAUUCCUCAGGAUCAAACGUUAAGGGACCUCCCCAUAACCCAUUGGUUAUGGGGAGGAAACUGGGGAUUGAAUGGUUGGGCUGGGGGAGCUGAGAAGCAGGCAGAGCUGGGUGCUGGGGCUAUCGAGUGUUUGGACAUCAUGGGAUCAGAGGUGAGGGAGAGCACAGGGGUAGAGAGGUGCUGCCUCUCCUCACUCACCCCCUCUGCCCCUUCUCCCUGCCCUCUGUGGAUUCAGACAGCACCACUGAGAGGGGCUGAUUCCCACAGGGCCUUUUGUGGGAGGCCUGGAAAUCCCACCUCUGCCUCCGCAGCAUCAGCCUCUGAAUGUCUGUCUAUGGUAGAAAAAUGGUUGGGAUUAGCUAGCACAUCUUCCCAGACUCUCCAACACUCCUUCUAGUCACAUUGACCCUAAGUAUAUUAGCUAUUCCGAUCCUCUCCGUGAGCAGAGUGAUCGUUGGUCCCGGAGUUCCCCCUUUGGGGCCUGAUUGUCUCAUUCCCAGAUAGCCUCACAUUACUCCAGGCCAUACUGAAAAGCAUUGAGUGUUUGUAUAUUAUUCUCCCUGAGGGAGCAGAGCUAAACAGAUGCUAAAAAAGUGGGGAGCAGGGACAGUGAGUCCGAGGGAUUCCCUCCUACCCCCAUCACUGUCACGCUCCACUCUCGACACAGCAGCCUCCAUCCCAGCAAUGGAGAGUUUUAUCCUGUCCCCGUUCUACCCCUCCCCCACUUACCACCAUGUCCCUGUCUCUCCAUGCUUAAGAAUCAGUUUUGAUUUCUAUGAUCCUCCAUGAGACUUCUGAGGGCUGGAGAAGAAAUCGUCACAGACUUGCGAGGGAGGGGAAGGGAGGAAUCCCAAAGAACCUCAAAGUACAGUUUGAGCUUCCUGAUGUGUUUCCAUCUAUUGGUGAAAUUGCUUCCAGGUUUUUUCUGUGCUAGUCCAGAUCAUUUGUAGAUGGGAAGGGUUUUUGUUUGUUUGUUCAUUUCUUUUAUUAUGACGAUGCUAAAACUUUUGUAACUAAUACAACCAAAUUAUUAGGGAAGAAGUGAAGCCAGUUUAGCCACUUUAGACGAAAAUUUAUUUUCCUGAUUUUGAGUCUUCAGAUUCUCUUUCACUUUAUGAAUGUAAAAGUGUUUUAUAACCCACCCUGGAGUGUGGGUUUUUCUCUAUUCCAGAAGGCUGUUUGGUCACAAACUUUGAUAUUAGUUUAGUUUAGACGUAGCUUAGAUUUAUUGAGGACUUAAUGAGACGAAUGAUCAUUGGCCAGUACAAUCCUUUUUUUAUUUUAUUUUAACGUUUUUCUACCCUUUUGUGAUGUGAGUUUAGUUUUAUUUGAACAAUGGCAAAGGUCAGUAUGUCUCAGCACAGACACUCCUGUUGCCAUAGUGUUGUCUGCACCAGAAGUUAGCUUGGUACAGCUGUGCCGCUUGGGGAGGGGGGUGGAAUUUCACAACUGAUGCAGGUUGCAUGCGCAGAUCACGCCUCUGAGUCAGGAACAGGGGAGGGUGGGGGAACAGAGCUGGGAAAUGGCUGGGUUUGCUCUUCAGAGCCAGACGGCUGAGAACUGUGAACUCGCUGCAUCAGAGCCAGAGAGCGACUAGCCUUGGCCUGUGAGUGUCAUGCGAAGCUUUCCCUGCAAUCUAAAGGACCAUGAAUAACACCACAAAAAUGAUGGGGGGAGGGGAGGGGAGCAGCAUCCCCCUAUUGAGAUGCCGAGGUUGGGCGAUCAGAAGGGAGGAUGUCAACAGACUUGGGCAGCCUUGAAGCCAGGCCGACCACCAUCACUGAGGGCAGAGGGAGAAGAGGAGCCCUAGAGCCCUGCUGGUCACCCCUCCCCAUCUACUGCAGUGUCCUGAGUGGGAACAAGAGAGACUGUCUCUGCCCCUCUCACUCCACACUGCAUCCCUCCUACCGGAGCUCUUUAGAUUCCCUGCUCUCGGAGUCUUUCCUUUUGUGACUGGGUCCUAGCGUCUCUCAUGGCUUCUCGCCACUUUUCUACCAUUUUUACGUGUUGCACUGUUGUUGGUUCUUGUGGGAGUUGGACACGGCAUUGUGCUGGGAUGGAACAGGAAAGUACCCGCUGAGCUGGGCUGUGGGUGGGGCACGGAGUCUGUCUUUGUUCGUCCUUUGGAAUAAUAAAGUAGAAUUUAGUUUCUCCCA